GUAAUCCUAGCAGCAGCAUGUCUUAUGGUUCAAGGGAAGGGGGUGCCGGAGGGGAAGAAAUACACAGACGGCUUUAUGCCUUAUUACAGAGGAUCUGUUUUAGCAAUGGUGAGUCUUAGAAAGCGCAAGCACAACAUUGGUUCUUCAAAUGGAAGGUGUUCCUCAUCAUUAGAUUCACCUCCUAGUUUUAAAGAUCAAAUUGAUCCAGAAAGUCUUGACAAAAGACGUAAGCUUGUCAGUUCGCAGCCUGUGCCUUCUGUUGCUCUUAACCUGCCGAUUGGAGUUAUGGAGCAAAGGAAAAUGAUGGCUGAUCCAAUGACUAAGAAACACAAGAUACAUUGCCAAAUUGAUCCAUAUAGCUCCAUACAAGUAUAUUCAUAUCUGAUGCAGCUGAAGAAGGAAGACAAACUUAAACUACCGCCAGCAAAGAAAAGUGAGGAGAUGCCAGUGAAAGAGUGGAUGGAGAAGCUUUAUCCCGACAUUUUUAAUGUGUUCCCUCAGGAACCUAACCUCUCACAAGUUUCCGAGAAAUGGAUUCAUGAAUUCUUGUUCAGCCAGUAUUGGGCAUUCGUCUGUGUGUUGUGGCAGCUAGUGUCGCUCGACCAUUGUAUCUCGCUGGCAAAUGUGGAAUCGUUAGGAAAGUUGAUCAAAUCAUUGGAGGAGGAUGGUUUUGACUGCAGGUUCAUCAGGUCAGCACUCCUAGUGGUGGGAAGCCAAGUGAAACAGCAGCUAGCGAUGAUCUCGACAGAGAGGAAUGUCAUUGCAACCAAAACUGCAACUUUGGAGAAAGAAAUGGAAUCUGCAGCAGAGAAAAAGGACAUGGAGAAGAGAGUAGAGCUAAUUGAAGGGAUUGACCAAGACACUCAUAAAACUUUGUUACUAAUCCAUGAUCCAAAGUUCAUUGAAAUAUUGGUCCUGAUCCACAAGAAGAUGCUAGCAGAGAAGGAGGAGGAUGAGAAAAGACUUGAUCUAGUCCUGAAAAAAUUAAAUCAACUACAUCAUGGAAAGUCAAUCUCUCUUGGAUGUUGAUAUUUUGUAUAUAUUUCUCAUUUCUGUACUGGAAAUUAGUAUGCCGACUAUUUUUAGGUUGCAACAUUUUGGUGAUUCGAGUGUGGACGGAUCGGUAGUGUUUUAACCACUUGGUUAAAGUUUAGUUGGU